AUGCCUACGUACAUAGGAUAUGGCUGGUCCGAGGAAUUCCUGAACCAAUGGGCCCUGAGGAAAGGACGGAAAGUGACAACUUGCAUGGAUAAACAAUCCAACCUUCACUACGACCUCAUGUGCGAGCUGCAGGACAUGCUGAAAGUCUCGAUCUACACCGAGAUUCCGAGGCGGAACACCGCGGACUUGUACAGAGAGCUGGCGCUUCUGAACAUGGCGGUCGCGCUAGGGGCAACGCCAACAACGUAUGAGGCAUGGGAGUACGAUCCGGAGUAUGACGAGGGGCCAUGGCUUCCGGUUCGAGUGCGCAACGACGCUUCGAAGGAGCACGGUGUCUGA